CCACGUCUUUCAGUUUGCGGUGAUUCUUCGGCGAGUCAACAUCCCACCGGCUCAGGAGAAAUAUUCAGUGGUUCCAAAAGUAUCUGAAAAUGUGCGAUUCCUGACCCGGAAAAUUUUUUGAGUAUUUCCUUGAUAUAUUCCAGAUAGUCUGUAUUGAUUUUGUUAAACGUCUCUUGUGCACUUUUGCCGUUAAGAGUGAAACCAAAGAAAAGCAAUAUUUGUAUUCACAUUUUUAUGAAGUGCAUUGCAGUGAUUUGUGGUGAAAGAAAUAUUUUACGAUUAUGAAGUAUUUACAGUAAAAAAAAGAGUUAAGCUGAAAAAUAUUAAAGUGAAGUCUGUGUGUGCUGAAAGAAAAACAAGAGAAAAAGUGUGAAAAUAUUAAUAUAAUAAAGUAUUCUUCUUUUCAUGAUUCUGGAAGGAAAUGUCUGGAAAAGGAUCUCUAGAACCGCCUUUUCCGCCUGAUCGCCUCACAUCACCGCCCCCAACGAAGAGAAAAUUUAGUUUUCCCGCCACACUUCAUUCCUCCAACCUUCUAGCCGUCGAUCCAGCCGCCGGAGCUGCCUCAUCUGCCCGCAGACGUCUCAGCAAUGUCAGUGAUGUAGUCACCAGAAAACUCUCCAACACAAUUGGUUGGAAAGCACCUCCGAUUCCCACCCACGACAUCAUCUCUCAGGGAAGAUGUCUCUGUUAUCAGUAUGUAAGAAGUCGCCUGAAAAGGGCGGGAAUGUUCACGAGAAAACUAGGCCUUCAAAGAGUAAGAAGUAUUCUCGGUACUUCCUCAAUAGAAGUAAUAAGGGAGGUGUUUCCUGCUUUAAACUAUGUUGGCGAAGAGCUUGAACGAAUGCACCCAAGAGUCUACAGUGGAGUGGCUAGACAGAUCUCACGAAAUCCAGGAGGAGAACUGGCAUCGGAAGAGACUGUUCCGUGCCUCAUGAGUGCCGUUGCUCGGGAUCUCUUCCGUAGUGACAUUACCUGGGCCAAAGUGAUUUCUUUGUUCGCGAUGGCAGGAGGUUUGGCUGUGGACUGCGUACGCCAGGGACACUCAGACUACCUCCCGAGACUCGUAGAUGGCGUCACAGAGGUCAUUGAGGACGAACUAGUGCCAUGGAUCAACGACAAUGGAGGAUGGAUGGGACUCAGCUACCACGUUAAUCCUUCGGGAACUACAGAAUUGAGUGUCUUGGAGUGGAUUGCCCUGGGAUUAGGAUGCAUCCUUGGCAUUUGUGUCUUCAUAUUCAUCAUCAAAUUUGUAGGCCAUUUUUUAUUUUCCGAAACUUAAUGACUGUGAAUCAUGUAGCUGAUUCUCAAGUAAAAGACUUUUAAGUUUUCUUAUUUUAGA